CCCAGGGGGUGAUCAAGGGUGAUGGGUCAAAUGCAUAGAAUAAUUUCGCCACACCUAGUGUGUGUGUGACAAUCAUUGGCACUUCAACUUUAACUCAACUUUAAUUGUAGCAGGUUUUAGGACCCGGCAGAGCAGCCAGCAGCGUGUUCCUCCAUGGUUCCCCCAGUCCACCCUGCACUACAAGACCUGGGCUCUUUCAAAGUGAGCACCAGGAAUCAUGGGCGUCCUCUGACAGUGCAUGAAGUCUCACAUGGACGCCAUCACCUGCAGGAUGAAUUCAAACGGCACUAAAUUUUGUACAGCGUCUGGAACAAAACGUCUACGCUUGCAUCUUCACCCACAGGCUGCACUUUGCAGAGGCUUGCACUAUUAACAAGCAAUGGAGGUGUUGGUGAGUGAGCUGAAUGCACUCCUAAAGUUGCUGGACCAGGAGACUCUGAGCUCUUCAACCCAGGAGAAGAAGACCGCCGUGUGGAACCUCUUGCAGAAGAUACAACCAUCAGUUUCAGGAACAGACUACAUCUACAUGAACUCAGCAAUGUACAGGAAUGGCACCAGCUUUGUUGAGUCCCUCUUUGAGAAAUUUGACUGUGAGCUUGGAGACUUAAAGGAUGUUACAGAUGAUUUGAGGCAAGACAAAGACACACAGACCGAGACUUUGAAACAGAACUGUGGAGACUCCUCAACUGUACAUUCAGCAGACUGUCCUCCCCCUCUGCCCACAACGCCUCCCCCAGAGGAGUAUUAUGAGGAGGCAGUGCCACUAAGUCCGGGCAAAAUGCCAGAAUACAUCAUCACAAGAGUUCGGCCUAGCCCUCCUAACUCCAUAGAGGAUGGAUAUGAAGAUGCAGAUAGCAACUACCCAACAACGCGCAUCAACUCCCACCGCAAAAACUCCUAUAAUGAUUCAGACGCCCUGAGCAGCUCCUAUGAGUCGUACGAGGAAGACGAGGAAGAGAGGAGCCCCGGUGUGCAACUCACACAUCAGUGGCCCUCGGACGAAAGCUCCAUGCCCCCUACCAGAGACUGCCGCAUCUGUGCUUUCCUGCUACGCAAGAAACGCUUCGGCCAGUGGGCCAAACAGCUCACUGUCAUACGAGAGAAUAGAUUACAGUGUUAUAAGAGCUCUAAGGACACUUGCCCCUAUGUGGACCUGCUGCUGACCCAAUGCACGGUAGUCUAUGCGCCGAAAGACAGCAAGAGGAAACACCAUGAACUCCGGUUCACUUUACUCAACGGAGAUGCUCUGGUGCUGGCUGUGCAGAGCAAGGAGCAAGCGCACAAAUGGCUCAGGGUUGUCAGAGAGGUGAAGGGCCAAUGCACAGGGCCGGAGGUAUCUGCAUCACCUGUCAUUUCAAGAAAAACUGAACUUGACAAGAGGUUGUCUGCUGAGAGGAACAUUUCAGAUUCAGACAGUUUUGGUGUAUCAACGGGGGAGAACUGCAGAGACAACGGUAAGGUGAAGCGUGGGGCUUUUGCUGCAGGCCGAAAAAUCACACGCAUCAUCAGUUUCUCAAAGAAGAAGGUUUCUAGAACAGCCUACACUGACCCUCGGCAAGGUUAUCUGUCAGUACUUGUCAACCAAGACUGGCAAGAGCACUGGUGCUGUGUGUGCAGAGGCUUCCUGCACUUCUACCAAGACAGAGGCGACCAUCAGACCUCCCUGCCCUCCCUCCCGCUGCAUGGCUGCGAGGUGGUGCCAGGGCUUGGACCCAAGCAUCCAAUUGCCUUCCGUAUCUUACGGGCCAGCACCACAGUGGCUGCUCUAGAGGCAGCAAACUCAGAGGAGCUUGGGAGAUGGCUUGGGGUUCUCUUGGCAGAAACCGGCUGCACGACAGACCCAGAAUCGCUGCAUUAUGACUACGUAGAUGUGGAGACCAUCGCCAAUAUUCGAAAGGCUGCACGCCAUUCCUUCCUGUGGGCCACAACUUCAGGCGGUAACACAGACUCUAUAACAUACGAUGAGGUCCCUACUGAGGACAUGCAGUCUAUGGAGAACUGCCGGCAGCAAUGUGGGAACCAAGGGAAGCGGCGCUCCAGUUUCUCCAGCAGCGAUUCUGACAAAACCAAGCCGUUAAACUCCUUCAAACGAACAGGAUCAAAUUCAAACCAGUACGGAAGGUAUGGGAAAACACGAGCAGAGGAGGACGCCAAGUGUUACCUGAAAGACAAAGAGGAAUUGGAAAAAGAGAGGGGCGGGAUUCGGACUACGCUCCUAAACCUCCGACAGGAGAAGCAAGAAAUUAGGGAACAGCUGCAAUCAGCUACUGGUAAGAGAGCUGUUCUCCUGAACAAGCGUGCGUCUCAGCUGGAGGAAGCUUGCCGUGCUAAGGAGGCAGAGAGAGUGGACUUGGAGCUCCGGCUGUCACAAGUCAAAGAAAACCUGAAGAAGAGCCUGGCAGGUGGAGCACUGGGUGCAGCAGGAGAUGUUGUCCCACCUGUUAAGGGGUCCAGAAAGAAGACGCUUAACAUCUACAGUGAGGCCGUACCCGUAAACUGUGCCUCAGAGAUGCGCAGGAGACCUCCGUCUGUGUACGCUUCAUCUACAGGAACUGUCAUGCAGAAGGCAAAGGAAUGGGAAUCAAAGAAAGGAACCUAAAAGCUGAGAAAAAUGGAAACGAUAACAGGAGGCAAACAUGCAUCCUGCUGAGGAUCAUUGCCCAACAAACAUUCAGAAGCACAGACGGCCAACAUAUGAAUGUUGUAAUGAAAUAAAUUAGCCACUAGGUGGAGAUACAGCUUUUUGGAAAUUAUUUUACAAAGACUUGAGGUUUUUGAACUCCAUCCACUUUUUAUUAAGUCAUUGUUCUUGCCUUAAUACUGCAGUAAUACAAGUACUUAGCAAAGUCAUAUGGUUAAGAUCUCUGAACGUUAAAGUUUGACACGGAGAACGCACGUCAGUGAAAUGUUUACUCUCCUGUUGCAUUCAGGGGGUAUGGUUUUGUGUGGGAAAAGACAGCUUCAUUAAUGUGAUGAGUUGGAAAAAAUAAGAGGAUGUGAGGUAAAUGAUAACUUUUUCUUUUUCUUUCUUUUUUUAUGUCUACUGUUCAUGUGUAAUGCCCAUCCAGCUCCAAAGUAAUGUGCCGUGCUUGGUUCUAAACACAUCAUUCAUCAUUUUGACUAAUUUUAGGACACAGGUGCUUACUGUCAAAUAGUGUUUUUGCUGCAACAAAAUAAGUCACCCAAUGUCUUCUUUAGUAGGAACAUCUCUUUCUCUUUUCUAUGUGCCUGUUAAACCUGUGGUUGACUUUUGCACUUUAAGACCUGACCUGGGUAUCUAUAGACCCUUGAACAUUAAAAUAAUGGAUUUAUGCGAUUUAAAGCCAUUAAAUAUGUUUGUAAAACGUUUACACGUGGGACCCUUGUUUAAAAAGAACUGUAAUUAAAUGUAUGUGUUGCCAUAUCUUAACAUAUUUUGUUCUUUCCACUUGUUUUGUAGAUUGUAAUGAAGUAGCUGUGUUUACCACAGGACUACAAUCGAUUCGUGGUGGUGGGUUGAGGAGGUAUGGAUUAAAUUACAUCAUUGUCUAAUUUGCACAAUGGCCCUGACACAUAUGUGUGUCAUUCUUGUGACACUAUAGAGUAAAAGUGUCAAACACAAAGCCCAAAGGGCCAUAUCCGGCUCGCCGUAUCAUUUUAUAUGGCCUGUGAAAGCCUAGAAUUAAUAUUUUUUAAUAAAAGUACUUUAUCAUCUACUGCAUGCAAUUGAAUAUCUUUUAAAAUUUCAUAUUAUCUAAUAAAGCAACAAUCUUAUACAUAUACAUACACAUAUUGUACAUACAUAUAUUGUUUUUUAAAAAACAAUAUAUAUAAACACACAUAUAUAUAUAUAUAUAUAGCUUGAGGUAUGAUCUCAAAGCAAGUUAUUUAUCAAAUUGUACAUUAUAAACAUGACAAUAGAUUUUUCAUUUACAGUAAUGCACUGUAAAAACAACAAGCAUAGAUUUUACGAUCCAAAAAUUGGAAGUUCAGUCACCAGAAAUCUUACAGUAGAAAAAAAAGCUGUGCCUUUUUCACUGUAAAAACUAACAUACAUGUUCUGGUAAAAUUCUGGUGACUGAGCUACUACUUUUAACCACGAAAUCCACAAGUUUUUUUUUACAGAGUACCGUAUUUUUCUGAGUAUAAGUCGCUCUGGAGUAUGAGUCGCACCGGCUGAAAAAGAAGGAAAAAAACAUAUAUAAGUCGCACUGGAGUAUAAGUCGCAUUUUUUGGGGAAAUUUAUUUGAUAAAACCCAACACCAAAAAUAGACAUUUGAAAGGCAAUUUAAAAUUAAUAAAGAAUAGUGAACAACAGGCUGAAUAAGUGUACGUUAUAUGACGCAUAAAUAACCAACUGAGAACGUGCCUGGUAUGUUAACGUAACAUAUUAUGGUAAGAGUCAUUCAAAUAACUAUAACAUAUAGAACAUGCUAUACGUUUACCAAACAAUCUGUCACUCCUAAUCGCUAAAUCCCAUGAAAUCUUAUACGUCAAGUCUCUUACGUGAAUGAGCUAAAAAAUAUUAUUUGAUAUUUUACGGUAAUGUGUUAAUAAUUUCACACAAUUCGCUCCUGAGCAGGGACGUGCACAUGAUUAUAGAGGGGCAGGGGCUCAAAGUCAAAAAAGGGCAGAACAUUUUUUUUUGGUCCUUUACACAAUAUGGAAAUUA